UUCCGGUAUCAGUACAAAGAAGAGGACAGUAGUUAAUAUAUGUAUAAAAUUCUUUUGAUAUUUUUUCGUUGGUUAACAUUUUGACAGAAAUUUCCAAAAUCGACUUUAGCGAUUGUUUAAAAGUUGCCCAAUUGCGGCUACCAACCAACUUUUGUAGCACAACUUCCUGAAUCAUGUUUAGCUACGAUAAAAAGUCGAACUUCUAUGUUUCUGACCUGAAUAUGAGCAAUUACCGGCGAUCCUGUUUCCCAGCGUAGCUUUUGCUGUGGAGCUGUGAGGAAUCCUUCAUCUGAUAUGCUUCAUUUCAAGGAAAUGAAUGCUGAAAAUAGUUUACAUUCAUUAUUGCAUUUCAACAAUACAACAAAAAAAAUCAAUCGAUCAGCACAGCACGAGUGCAUUGAAGAGAAAAAAGCGGUCAUAUGGUGUACACGUGUAAAUAGUUUCUUAAUGCGAACGGAGUCGGUGAGAACAAUGUCUGAUUUUGAAUCACAGGUGUAUAAAGGCCACAAGCAGAAGCACAGAGCCUUUAUUCCAUGAUCGGAAUAUCCAGACACCAGAGCUCCCUGCGACAAUGCGCCCUUCCACGCUGAUAUUCGUGAGCCUUGUGCUGGUGUUGUAUUUUGUGGUGGCUCCGACUGCCGCAGAGAGGUGCAAGGGAAAGCCCAGUACACCAAAAUGCGAAGGGGAAAUGGACCUCGGACGCAACAACAACAGACGGAAGUGUAGAAAGCACUCGAAUCCGUCCAUGUGGCACUACAAUCCAGAGACCAAGAAAUGCAGACCAUUGAACUACUAUGGAUGCGGGGGAAACAUGAAUCGGUGGUGCUCCAAGAAGGCAUGCAAGAAGGCAUGUCGAAGGUGAUUCUGGCCAAAGCUCCAAAUACUUCAAGUAAAUAAAUUUAUUUGAGAACUGAAAUUACUAAAUUCUCUUGAGUUCCCCCCGUAUGCGUUUACAGCGGUCAACACAGAAAAAUGUCUGAUUUAACGGAUGGGACUGAUAUUUUUACGAUUCAAAAUAUACGACAAUUUACAAAUUUAAUUUAAGAAGGGACUAUUUUGGUGGUGUCUUUAUUUCAGGCUGUGUUGACUUUUUCCAAACCAAUUUUUGUUUGCACUCUUGCUAGCCUUUUCAGCGGAUUCUCUCUGUCGUGAGGUUCGAACAUACAUUCUAUAUUCCUUACAUUGAAUAUUCUUAACAAUUUAUAAUUGAAAGGGACACAAAUAUUGCUAGAUUUGUAAUUAAAUUAGCUUUUGAUACCACAUACCACCACGCAUUCCCACCGGCGAUUAUAUGCUGUCUAUGACAGAAAAGAAAAAUAACAUUUUUAAUUAUAACCAAAAUAAAUGUACUAAUUAUCUCCUGAAGAUCGACAGAUAAGUAACUGGAAAAGUAUAAAGUUCAAAUUUAAAGCAAUUAUUCGAACCGCUAUUGUCGCAAUGCAAAUUGGCAAAUAAUUGCAUGAAGUGUACCGAAAUUCGAAUGGAAAUCAUUGCUCAAUUAGAUAAUUGAUUAUUAUAUAGAUAUUAAAUAUUCGGCUGUUACAAAAUUGGGACUGUGUCGCUUUUUCAAUGACCUUUAAAGUUGCUUAAAUAAAGUAUAUAAACCGCUUGUACAUAAGUGUUGUAAACAUAAACUAUUUAAUUAUAGGGCUAAUCAAUUGAUUGAGAAAGAAAACUCUAGCUUCUG